UAAAAUACUUCAAUAAUUCAUUUUAAAUGCAGUAGUUCAACAAUCGUGUUUGGAACGUUAACUAUAAUUUUGUAUUAAUUAUGAAGACGUUCAUCUUUAUAUCUAUAACUGUAUUUCUGAUACAAAACCUUAUUUCUCCAACUGUUGAACAUGGUUCGGGAGAUGAUGGCUGGCAUCUGACAGAUGAUACUGAAAAACAUCUCGACGGAGAACACAGUGGUACAGAAUGGGCGGAUGGAAAUUUCACUGUAGGAAAUCAUACUGAUAUCGACGAAUGGGGAGAUCUGCAUAAUUCUACAGACUUUAAUACAACCGGAAUUGAACACGGACACGGAAAGGGACACGGAAAGGGACACGGAAAGGGACACGGAAAGGGACAUGGAAAGGGACCCGGAAAGGGACACGGUAAAGGACCUGGUAAGAAAGGUGGCAAAGCCAACAAGAAAAAGAAGACAGAAGCCAAGAAAAAGAACGAAGCUGCUAAAAAGAAGAAGGUAGCAGAAAAGAAGAAGAAGAUAGCGCAAAAGAAGAAGAAGGCUAAAGCCGCUAAAGCCAAGAAUGUAAAAACAACACCAAAGCCAACCCCGAAACCAACCCCGAAACCAACCCCGAAACCAACCCCGAAACCCUAAAGAAAUUAAAUAUAUAUAUAUAAAUAUAUAUAGCAAGUGAUAAAGAUGAUAUUCAAGAAAAAAAGUUGAACACUUUUUAAAUAAUAGUUUCUCUUCAACCAUAUCUUAUUCUAGAAUAAAUCUAAUUAACAUAUUCCCUUCAGGCAUUAAUAUGAAUAGUUUUUUUAAUAAAAUAUAUAUAUUUUUU